AUGUGGCAUCCUAGUGUCAAGAUGUCAAUCAUUUUCAAGUCUCUCCAAAUGAUCACUUGUUUAGCGGUUCUUCUGGAUGAUCAAUCAGAGUUAGUUGUCUCUUUUGUCUAUGCUUUGAAUGAGGAAUCAGUUAGGCGACAUCUAUGGGCUGAGUUACUGAGUGUGGCUACAGACCCACGCGUCUCUGGGAAACCUUGGUCAGUGCUUGGUGACUUUAACCAAACGCUAGACCACUCUGAUUCCUCAAUCUCACCGAAUCCAAAUACUGAUCUCCCAACCAGGCUUUUCUGGGAUUGUCUGCUGCACGCUGAACUUGCGGAUCUUACCUACAGAGGCUGUUCAUUCACUUGGUGGAACAAAAGAAGCACAAAUCCUAUAGCUAAGAAGCUUGAUCGAAUAUUGGUAAAUGAAGAUUGGUAUCUCAAGUUCCCAUCCUCCUUUGGCAUGUUUGAUCAGCCAAGGACAACUACUCUGACCUGGAGAAAGAAAAGAGUCAAAGAGGCUCAUGCUAAGGUUCUUCUACUCCAACAGCAGAUCCUCACUGAACCUAAUCCUUCUCUUGCGGCUCUGGAGAGAUCAGCAAAUGAGAACUGGCAAACUCUCCUCCAUGCUGAGGAGUCGUUUUUCAGCCAGAGGUCUAGAGUCACAUGGCUAAAGGAAGGCGAUCUCAACACCGCUUACUUUCAUCGCAUGACUUCUGCUCGUUAA